AUGAAGGGUCUAGGAGACGGCGACAGCAGUACAGGCCCCGGAGAGGUUACCCGUAACGACUUUCCGGAGGAUUUUUUCUUCGGCGUCGCUACAUCUGCUUACCAGGUGAGGAUCGCAAGUGGAGGGCACCUCUCUCCACGCUACCGUACGAGUCUCCCCGUAUUCUCCUCAGUGACUUGUAUGGAGCGGUUUUGGUAUCGCACUGAAUAAUUAAUUUCGUAGGAAUAUUGCUUCCAUGCUGAUAUCAUAGGAGGUGGAAGAUAUUGUCAUUUUCGUGGGAUGUAUCUCCUUCUGGAAUUGCAGAGACUCACAUUUCCAUUUCGUAUACGCUCUUUCACGGAUAUUUUCCAAUUCGUCCAGGAUGCAUCGCAAAGAAUAUUUCUGAAACGUUAAUUUUAGUAUUUCUUUUCCAUAGAAUCCUACUCCGGAGUUUUUGGUUCGGAUCUACGUUUCACGGAGAUAGACAUCGCAGCUUCUCGUGGACUUAUUGCGCCACCUGUAUACAAUGCAGAUCCUCGCUUGGCAGCCACACAUAAUGCAAGUGACAAGUGAAAUGAACGUAUGCCUUGAGUUGAAAAUUAUAGUUAUUCCAUCGUGUAUCACAAGCCGGGAGACAGCCUUCUCCUUGUUCCCCCACCUUUUUAGGCUAGUUUGAUUCCACUAUUAUUUCCGAAAGGCAUUGGAUGGUUUCCACGCCCUUUAAACGGCAGAUUUUUCUUGGUAUCUCUGUCCAUGAGACAUGAGUGUGAGGGAUGGAAGCCAUCUCUCGAUGCUAGAUGUCUACUGGAUCCAGAUUAUCUCCCCUCUUGCCUUCUUCUAUUGGAUAUAGCAUUAUUUAGUGUUUUCUUCACAAUCUAUGUGAUAUCUCUUGUUCUUUAGUUUAUCUCCAUUUCCUUUUUUAUUCCUGGUUUUAGGGUGUUUAAUCAGCUAAUAUUUCUUUUCUCAGGUUGAAGGAGGAAGAGCAGAGGGCAGGAGGGGGGAUAAUAUAUGGGAUGUUUUUUCAGAAACAGAAGGCACGAUUGUUAUAGCGUAACAAUUCUCUCUGAUAUUUCGAUUUUUUUUUUCUUUCUUACUUAUUUUACGUACUUUCACUGAAAUAUAUCAAUUACACUUUUCUUCAGGUAACAUCCUGGAUGGAAGCAAUGGAGACAUUGCAGUCGAUCAGUAUCAUCGUUACAAGGUUUUUUUUUAUAUCUCUCUUUGUCAGUCAAGCACAAUAUAUAUAAUGUAAUCAUCAUCUUAUAUUUUCUAUUGUAAGUUAGUCCCUAAUUUAUCAUGCCUGAUAAAAAUUCACAAUACUUGACACUUGCAUAUGUGUCAACUUUUAACGCAACUGCAGCCUUUGGUCUACCUCCCCUGUCCCAACAUACAUUGUCUAACGUGGACUUGAGAUAUUCAGCGCAGAAACCCAUAAAGCAAGUUGACUCAAAACCAUACUGAAGCUAUCUUGUGGCUGACUGGAGACAAAUUAAUACAACUGCGUACUGAUUUUUUCUUCAGCACUUUACAGAAUGCCGUAAUCCUUUUAAAUUUCUCUACUUGAUUCUGGAUGUUGGUGUUUGUUCCACUGUAGCUGGAAUAAUCAAAUAAGAAACGAGAUAAAGAAUAUAUGAAAUAAUUGAAUGGAAGUAAAGAGGAAGGAAAAAGUAGAUUGAUGUGGAAGAAACCAUUUGUGGCUUGAAAUAGCCACUAAGUCCUCUACUGCACAGGGAAGAGGUAGCAGAAGAGGUAACUGCUUACUACUAGUAAUGGCCACCUCCGCUACUGGCUAGUUGGCCCAUGGAGGGAAUUUGUUUCAUGCGGGGUGUGUCAAAGUCGGCAUCUUGUCAUUGCACAUGGGGAUAAAAAAAGGGUUUGAUUUUUUUUUUCAAGUUUAAUCCUCAUUCAUGCUAGUUUUCUCUAAGAGUUUUUAUGUGUCAUAUGUGUUGGAUUGAUUUUAUACUGAGUUGGCUUGAUUUACAUGCAAUCAAAAUCUUCUUAAUUUAUCUGACCAUGGGAAGGUUGGCGUGACCAUUUUCAUAUUGAGUGAAAUCAUGUUGGAUUGAGCUCAAGCAUUUCUCUUUCAUGCCCUAAGUGCGUCCAACCUUCACAUUGAUUUCAUCGCUAAUUUUUCUUAACCAUGAUAAUCUCUGGGCUUACGUUAAUCCAUCACAAGAGUAGGCACCUUUUUUCUGUAUGUCCAGAGUUUUUUAGAUCUCCCUGUUGGGGUUGUAGGUUACUUAUAAAAGGCAAUGAAGCAUAUACAAUCAUUCACAAAACCAAAGUAUGCUCUAUGUCAAAGUAUGCUCAAUGUCACUUUCACUUGGCAGUCGCUGCCCAUACCAACUUUCAAUAUCUCAUUGUUAAAGUGAGGUAUAUGUUUCAAUACCUUGGAAUUUCACUUGUCAUACUUAAUUAUGUAUCCAAUGUUUCUAUACACCAAAAGAAUCAUAGCUUAGUCUAAAUGGUUGAAUGUUUGAUAUUUUACCCUCUUCUCUUGAAAAUAUAAAUCGGCCAUUGUUGGGUUUUGACUCGCACUUACAUAAAAAAGGAGAGAGUUGAAUUGAUCUACUUAUAAAAUUCCUUUGAAUAAUAUCUAUUCAAUCGACUCUACCUUAUCCCUUUCUAUAUGAUUCGUAUGGUCUCUCUAGCUAAACGAAUGUAAGGCUAAGGGAUUUUAUAGUGGUUCAGUACACUACUUACGCCCACUCUCCAAUAACAGCCUUGUUCUUAGGUUCUACUAACUAUGAUCAUCCGAUCAUACACUUUAAUUUACAAGGCUUAGCUCUCAGAGAGUUUAACUUCAAAACUCCCUUCUAAAUUCAUGGGUCUAAGAGGCUAAUAACUGUUAAUAGAGACAGCUCUCAUAAGUGAUUAAGUGAUUCAAUCACAAUUUUAUCUCACAGUUCAUAUAAAAUGAUUUCACCGUAGAUAGUAUUCCGAAGAUGAUGAUGACUUUGAGUAUUUCCAGAACUCCAAUGAAGAAGAUGAUGAUUUGAUGACUUGAAGUUGUUGUCCUCUUCUUUUCAGUUUGUUGGCUAUAGAUUGAAAACCCAUUAAGCUUCAGACGGGUCAAGAAAGAUUUUCGAAUACUCUAACAGUUCUCCUUGAGUUAAUACCUUUACAUAGAUUGACUCGCCUGCUCAAUCCUCACCCUUGGCUUGAAUUUCUUCCAUGAGAGACUUAAUGCUAGGCUAGAGGUAGUUGAGAGGAAAAAAUUAAUCGUUCUCUGUUAAUUUUCCCUUUGGAAGAUAGUAGGAUUUAUAGGCAGUUCCCAUACAAAAACCUUAUCGGAUCUCUGUGAUUUUUCAACAACUAUUUUCUCUAAAAUAUGAUAAAUUCAAAUCAUUGAGAAACCAAUAUGAUAUGUCCUUUUAAAUACUUCAGGUAUCCUUAAGUGAAAUCAAUACAUAAUUUCUUUAUCACUUAACAUUCAUAUUUGAAUCGUAUUAAUUCAUGCUAAUCCAUUAAGGAUCUAAUAACACAAGAGCAAAAUUUACGAAAACGUGUCUCAUUGGAACCUUGAUAAAACAGUCAAAGUUGAUCCAAAUUAUCUCAAACAAAGUGUGGUGUUUAGGAUGACAUUUUGAUUGAAGCUCACAGUAUAUUAAAUUCCAACUUUAGUGAUUCAGAUGAUAAACACAAUUUCAAUAUAUAUUCGAAACUGUCCAAAAAAUCAUGUUUGACAUAAAUGUACAGCCUAAAUACACUUUGUUAAUUCAAAGUCAAAAUAUUUCGAAACUUAGGAUGUAAAAUCUUGGAUUACAAAUAUACUUAGUAAGUUACUAUCUAAACUUUUACUAAUGUCAUUUUUACUUGAACGUUUCAUGUUCAAUCUCUUAUCUUGCAUAUUUUAAAUUAGGCAUAAUUCGAUCUUUCAAUUGAUCUUUAAACUUAUUUGCCAUCAUCAAAGUGAACCAAGGUCUAAGCCUCUUAGUCUUCAGUCAUCUAUGUCAGAAGAUAUCUUUAUUUUCCAUGGUGUUGUUUCGAUUUGAAUGUUCUUAGUGUCAUGAUCAUCAUGCCUGUUGUGAAGGAUAGUUUUUAUUUUGUAGAAGUCUAAUCCAAUAUUUUUCUGUGUACAGUCCAUUCUCUUUAGUCUUGCACUUUCUUAUUUUAUACUGACCAUGCAUUAAUUUUUCUGAUUUUUAUUUUUUUUUGCUUUCCACUUUCUUUUUCAAGUACAGGAGGAUGUGGACCUUAUUUCCAAGUUGGGAUUCAAUGCAUAUCGAUUUUCCUUAUCAUGGUCUCGUAUUUUCCCUGGUAGUAUAUCUUUGCCAUUUUCUUGUGUUUAACAUUAGAACUUUUGAAAUACUCCAUGCAUUUAUAAUCACAUUUUUCCAAUAUUCAAUUCUAAUUUUCCGUAUGGUUGUUGAAACUAGAGUAAUCCAAUUAACAGCGCAGGAAGCUCAGUUGUUUUUUCCUUCAAACCUGCCUGAAGCUAGAAUCUUUGAUCAAUGUCUUGGAAAUGAAAAUGUUUCACGGAUCUUGUCAAAGUGGUGGUGGGUUCUUAUAUAGAUCACCUACGAUUAGUGUUUAUUUGGUUGGAUGAAAAACUUUGACAAAUGUUAGAGUCAAUAAGGUUGUUUUUUGGCUGCAUACGCCUCAUUUGUGUUGUCCAUGUAACAAAGUCGAGUUGGAUGUGAGAGGGAUGCAUUAAUAAUAGUCUCAUGUUGGUUACUGCCCAGAUAGCCAAUUAAUUAGUUUGAAGGGCCCAUAACAGAUUCAUGGUCAUUUGUCCUAUGUAACAAUGGAGUUUACAGCUGAGAUAGCUAGGUAUUGUCGUAUGUAACAGAUUCUGUAUCACUUUUCUUGGACUUGUAAGUUGAGGUCCUUGAUUGUGACACAAGAAUCGAUAUGUCGACAGAGCAUUGAAGUUUAUGGAUUUGAAGAGUGAGCUUAUUAAACAACCUCAUGACAAUGAAGAGACCUUUUUGGAUGUUCUUUUUUCUUUCUUUCUUCCUCUUCUUCCUCUGCCUUUUCGCCCCUGGUGACCUACAGAUUCCACUUGUCUAGUCCUCACCUUAUAGUGGUGUGGUAGAAAGGUAGAUACAAGCAAGAACAAGUGCUUGCGAGACAAUCAACACUUCCCUCCAGAACAAACCCAUAAAGGCUGUUCUGCUACAAAAAAAUUGGAGCAUUCUCUAAGGACCACUGACCUAGAGAAUUAUUUGACUAUCUCGAAAUGGAACCCCUUGGUCACCAAAAGUUACAAAAAAAAUCAUUUUAUAGUGUGAAAGAAAAUUGGUUAGAGGCAACCCUUGACUUCGAUUUGGCAAUUCAAUUUGAACGCCAUUUUGACUGAAACCUUAUAUAAAAACCAGAUGCCUUGCUUAAAAAAUAUAAGCUCAGGGAAACACAAAUCACAUCGAGUUCUAUUUAUUAGAACGGCAUAAUUGGAAGAUUUAGAAAGUAGGAAAGAAAUAUUGCUCCAUUGAAGCAGUGUUCCAAGAGACUCCUGCAUUUCAUCACAUGGCUUGUGGCAUGGUUUAUUAUGACUGUCUUGAUUAACGAUGGUUUUAUUUUUACUAAUGGUUGCAGAUGGAUUAGGGACUAAGGUCAAUGAAGAUGGAAUUUCUUACUACAAUAAUCUAAUCAAUGCUCUCUUGGAUAAAGGUCAUCUAUCUACUUUGUGAUCUGUUAAACUCUUCCUAUAUUAGGGACUAAAUAUAUUAUCGGUGGUUUCAGGUAUUCAACCUUUCGUGACAUUGUACCAUUGGGACCUUCCUUAUAACCUUCAGACAUCUAUAGAAGGAUGGCUAACAAAGAAGAUAGUGUAGGUCCAGAAUAAUUAUCAAGUAUCUUCAGUCUAUUUGUUGUUCUUUAUAUUUAUUUUGAUGCUGUAAUAUGUUCUACUUGUCACAGUUAUGGUAUACACAAUUUUAGAUAUCUUAUAAUACUGUGUCAGAACCAUAUUCUAGUAAUCCAUGUUAUUUAGUCAACUCCAGUACCUGCUAACAUAUGCCAAGGAUUAUUUUUAUAUUUUUUGUAUUUUUUAAAUAAAUUAUUUUUUUUUAUAAAGCAUCCCUUUCAGUAUGCAGUUAUACAUGUUUAUUUUGUUAUCUCAUUUUCUCUGUAAAUUUUUGAGAGUAUAAUUUUUAAUUUACCUUAUCUAGACAUCCUGUACAUACUUUUUUUUAGUACUGGAAUAAUGCCCAAUUCUUUGUUUGCUGAAAUUGCAGGGAGUAUUUUUCCAUUUAUGCAGAAACUUGUUUCGAAAGCUUUGGAGACAGAGUGAAACAUUGGGUCACAAUUAAUGAACCUCUCCAAACAGCAGUGAAUGGAUAUGACAUUGGUAUAUUUGCUCCAGGAAGAAAAGAUAACCCAUCAACAGAGCCUUAUUUGGCCGCACACCACCAACUUUUGGCCCAUGCAUCAGCAGUUGAUGUAUAUAGGAAGAAAUUUAAGGUGUCUGAAUGAUCAUCCAUAACCACAAAAAUUCUGUGUACCAGAAACCACUCCUGCAUUUCAACAUCUGAUCAGGUCUAUUUUUUCAUUUGUUAUUUUCUAUUUCUUUGACUCUCUCUAGGCAAAGCAAGGUGGUGAGAUUGGACUGGUCGUUGAUUGUGAAUGGGCAGAACCCUUUUCUGAUAGAAUCGAAGAUAAAUCUGCUGCAGAGAGGCGCAUUGAUUUUCAAUUGGGCUGGUACUGUUACAAGCAUUUCUUCUUACUGUUUAUUCGCUUCAUCACAGGAUGCAUGUGAAAAGUUUCACAGGUUUAUUUCACGGUUACCCUUCUUUUCAAGCUUAAUACAACAACUAAGGGACGAUCACCCUUCUUUUCCAUUCGAACCUGAAUACCCAAACCUUUGCACUUAUUUCACGGUUGUGCCUCCUUGCUUUUUUUCAAAACGUAAAAGGCUUGGACUUGUCUGGUCAGCCUAGGUACCACCGGGCCCAUAGUUUCCCUCUCCUGCACCAUCUGUUAUCUCCUGUAAACCACUUUAACUCAGCAGUUUUCUGAGUUCCACAUUCACCAGUUACUGUUUCCUUUUGGUCAUCUUGAUUGGUAAACAUUAAUUUCUCCUAAUAUUUAACCAUUUUAGAGUCUCUGAAAAUGAUCGAAUGAUAUAUGCUCAUUGUUGACUGUCUUGUUUAUGCGUUCGCCAAUCAUGUUAGACUGCUUAGUAGCAUGUAUUGCUUAUACUAUCUUUUAAUGUUAUUGGUCGUCAGCUACCUUCAGAUAUCCUUCCUGCAAUGUUCCUACAUUUUAACUAAAGAAAAGACGUUUUUUGGUUUUUCUAUGAGGUGCAUGUUAUAUAUUACCAACCAUCCUGACUUCGACUGUGGAAUCAUGAGACAUAUCUUAUGCCUUAUAGUAGCCACGAAUCUUUGAUUUGUUUGCAAAUUCUGAAGUAUGACAUUUCAAGAAUGCCUUUUUAUUAACUUUUUCUCCACGUAACAUUAUUCCAAGUUUUAUUAUUUAUGCCUUAUGAUCCAUAAAGAUUUUUUUAUCAGUUAUUUCCCUUUGUGAAGGUUUUUGGACCCAAUAUUCUUUGGGGAUUAUCCCAAAACAAUGCGUGCGAGAUUAGGGAGCAACCUUCCACAAUUCUCUGACAGGGAGAAGGAACUCUUACACCGUUCUCUUGAUUUUGUGGGUUUAAAUCAUUAUACCUCAAGACUUAUUGCUCAUAUGCCAAGUACUUCUGAUCAAUUUUAUCAAGUACAAGAGAUAGAGGGAAUAGGUAUUUUUUCUAUCUUCUAACCUUAAAGAUUAGUUUUCCUAUUGAUUUUAGAUUUAAAAAAGAUAAACGGUGAACUAGAAGCAUAGUAUUUGCCUAAAUACAUUCAAUAUAAUAUAUAUAUAUAUAUAUAGACACAUAUACUUCAAAGUUUGGCAAAUGAACCAUACAUGCCUUUCUUUUGAUAUCUGGGAUAUUCUGUCUAUCAAUGUGUCUAUUGAAUGCUGGAUCAUGAAGAUACUUCUUAGCUUUCACAUUGAAUAAGAAAAAAAACGUAGAAACUUAGGCAGGCAGUUCUGGGCAGCUCCUCUUUAUGGAGUUGUGUCACUCAUCUGCAGAAACUAACAUAGGAAGUGAAGAACAACUAAAGAAGGAAAUUAUAAUGGAGGUGCAUUGUGUGUAAGAUGUUGGAUGGAGGAGGGAAAGCUAGAAGCUUAGCAACAUUCUGGACUUUUGCCUUGUGCUACAGAAGAAGAGUAGCAUAAAAAUCAAAACAGUGAGUUUGGAUUCAACCAUGAAAUUUCGUUUAUCUGACGAAUGCUUGCUGCGACUCUGUUGAUUGAUGGCUGGCUGCCCGGUCACUCAUUUGGCCUGACUUGUACAAAUCACUUUGGUUAAUCCUGAUCCUGCUCAUUGAUAUGCAAAAGGAUCAACCAAGUUACAUAGUAAAUUCUCUCUAGGGUUUUUAUGUCAUUUCCCAUGCACUGAGUUGGUAUUUAUCUAGUCAGCCGCCUCUCUUAGUUUGACGACUGCUGACUAGGACUGGCUCAUGUGAUUGUAAUCGCCAUAAUCCAGCUUUUCUUACCCCUCCUGCAAUUUAAGACAUGGACAUCAUAUAAAUUCGCAAUGUCCACGUACUAUUUUUGUUUCCAAACAUUAAAUCUAAAAAUAAACAAGAAGUUCUGUUGCUGCUAACCCUUGUAGAUAUCGUGGUUUUUUUGUCUGCUAAAUAAUUAAUUUGAUAUAACUUACUGUAAUGCAUGCACAGUGUUCUUUCGGAAAAUGAGCUUACCAACACUGACUCACAGCUGGGUUAUAUAUUACUAAUUCCGGGCCAAUGACUACUAACAAAAGGAACUUUGCUGAUACGAAAUACUCCAUAAACAUAUAGUAAAUAACGAAGUAUAGUUUGGGAGUAAACCAGAGCUCUAUGCCUUCAAUCUCCAGCUAUCACUCACCUUUUUGUGUUUUCUGCAGUCAACUGGCCCGGGGGAGAAGCAAUUGGCCCAAGGGUGAGUUCCUCUCAGACACUAAUUUUCCUACUAUUUUUGGGAUAAUUCUGUGAAAUAUUUUCCGGCCCCCAAGAUUUCUUAUCACGUGAUCUUAUGUUCUGGUGGAAAUAGGCUGCAUCAGAUUGGCUCUACGUGGUUCCAUGGGGCUUAAGGAAAGUUCUCAAUUACAUCGCAAAAAAAUACGAAAACCCGAUGAUAUACGUCACUGAAAAUGGUGAGUAUGUCCAAACCUUGAUUUUUGUAUGAGGCAAUUGCAUUUUCCUUGAACCUUUGUGAGCCGAUUUUAUAUCUCAGAAAAGUAAUAUUAUCCAAAGCAUGCUUGUAUUCCAAAUCUUCAUAUACCCAAAAAUAGGAAAACCUUACAGAAUCUAGUUCGAGGUCAAUUGCAUCAUAUGCUAUUCCUAAUCUUGGAUUUCAGAAGCACGAACUGGUUCGACUCUUCAUGAACCUCUGACCUAAACACCAUGGGUGAUUCAACUAAAAUCAAAUGUUGAUUUGAUGCUCUAGUGAGAAGAUUAAAACACAGGGAAUUAUGAAAAAUUAAUUAAAAUUAUGCAAAAAUGAUGCUCGACCGAUUUAGAGGAGAGUUUUGGUGUAUGAUCUAUACUUGUGCACGGUCAACAGGGAUGGAUGAUGAAGACUCCAAAGUUUCUGCCCUUGAACAAGCCCUAGAUGACAAGAUGAGGGUUGACUAUUUCAAGGGAUACCUCGCUUCAGUAGCACAAGCUAUAAGGUACAUUUUCUCUGUCCGAUCUUGGGGUCAGCUAAGUUCAUCCUAGUCAGAUUAUUCUGAUUAUGGAGCUAAGUUGGGCCCAGUAAUGCAGCCAUGUGAGACGGCCCAACUGGCCGAUUAACUGGCUAGAUUUCGGUACAUUGCUAAAUAUAUGUAGAUUCUGGUAGGAUUGGCCCUUUGAUGGCCUGCCACGUGGUAAGAACCCUUCAUCCGCCCAGACUUUCACUGAGCUUCUAUCAUAGUAGUUUGGCUGAGAAACCACUUCACCGGCUUCUUCAGUUGGGCCGGGCAAGCCCAUAGCCUGUUCACAAUCAAAUCCUAGGAGGGAAAAAACCAAGCCCAUUGUUUGGCAUCUCUCAUAUUUUCCAUGUGUCAAUCCCAGAAUAACCCACGUGGCAACUAUCGGGUCCUGCGUCGGCCUCAAAUCAAGCCCAAAAAUCUAGGCCCAAUCGCCAAAACUCAGGUUAUGAUCCCUUAAACUUGCCACGUGUCCGUGCAUGGGAGUCAUCCUCCCCCCCUCUCAGUUUGGUGCAGAUGGAGGGCCGGGCCGGAUUCUUCCCCCUCAAGACGCAUUUUUUCGGGCUUUCCCCCGGGAGUGAUCAAUUAAAACAUUUUCGGGCUUGGCCCGAACGUCACAAGCCCCCCCACCUCGGCCCGUCAGUGACCGAGGACUAUUGAGAAACUUGUUUCCCUCUUUUCUUUUGCAGUGACGGCGUUGACGUCCGCGGUUACUUCGCCUGGUCCUUGCUGGACAACUUUGAGUGGGCCCAGGGUUAUACCAAGCGGUUUGGCCUAGUUUACGUUGACUACAAGAACGGGCUCUCCAGGCACCCGAAGGCCUCGGCCCUCUGGUUUUCCAAGUUCUUCAAGGGGGCCCAGUGA